AAGCUCAGAUCGAAAAACUUUCUUCAUCAAAGUUGUUCGUCUCUGUCUCUUCCAUCCAACCUCCGAAUUUCAGCCUUAUCGGAGUUAUAUUGAGAUCUGUACACCAAUCGAAGUACAAGCUGUUCAGAACAGAAUCUGCUCCGAAAUUUCAACAAGAUGUCAAACAUGAACAAACUCGAUUUUGUUCCAUUGGAUUAUGCAGGCAAAAGGUACUUAUUUUGGGUCACUGAUGUCGAGAUCCACCUUAUUGCCCGUGAUUUAUUGCAUACUAUCCAAGAGCUUUGUCCUAUAGAAACAGCUCCAGACCCUCAAACUGAGAAAGAUAAUUCCAAGGCACUUGCCUUCAUGAAACGUCACAUGGAUAGUGACCUACAGUUUGAGUUCAUAAAUGAGGAUAGUGCCAUAAAGCUUUGGCAUGCGCUUCGCGAACGAUAUGGCAAUGUUCGUGACUCCAUACUUCCGAAUACAGAAGCAGAAUGGAAAAAUCUUCGAUUCUCUGAAUUUGACACGGUCAUGCUGUUUUAUUCGGAAGCCCUCCGCAUCAAAGUAAUGAUGCGUCUCUGUGGAAAGAUGAUCACAGAAGACCAGUUGAUUGAGAAAACCCUCAAUACCUUCCCCGCCUGUGCUAUGAGGUCCUCUGACUUAUUCCGGACUCAUGUAAAUGCAAGACGGAUCACAAGUUUUCAACAGCUUAUUGAAGCUAUGGCCACUACUGAAAGACAUGGCAAUGAACUUGUGCAAAGAAGAUUUGAUAGGCUUCAAGAUAGCUAUCAAGAGCAUCGUCCUAUGGCUAGAGAAAGUCGCCAUCGACGUCAUGAUCCAUACGAUCGAAAUGCUCAAGAAGGUAAUCGCUCAAGGCGACAAUCACACGACCGUAGGAGGCGUGAUUUUGAGGGAAAUAGGGUUGGAAACCAUGGAGCCAACGUUGGCCAUGGGCACCACUUUCCAACGCCACCAGUCCAAGGGACUAUGCAUAUUGCGCCAAUGCGCCUCAAUCAAGGGAGAAUCCUCUUUAUGGUGUCUAUUUCUGAUAUGGAACGUCUGAUCAAUGGACCUGAAUUUGCAAUGCACCUACGAAGGUAGCCGCAUCAUGGUGAUCAAGACAUCGAGUUCACAAAGACUUUAAAUCUGGCGAUGAAGACAAAAUGCCGCAG